AUGGACAGCUCCUCGACGCCGCUCGCCGACUACUUCUGGAUCGCCGGUGUAGAGUCCAUUUCCUACAAUGACCCUACCCCGCAGCCCCCAUCCAACCUGGAGUCUACCAUCGCCGAGGACAGCGAACACGAGGACAGCGACGGCGAACUGAACGCGACUCCGAGCAAGCGCGUUGCUCGCCAUUCGAGACAAAAUUCGGGAGGCCGUACGGCCAACGGUCGCUUCUCCAUUCACACCCUGGAAGAAGUUGAGGGGAGCACGAAGAGCAACCGAAGCAGCGCUACAAUCCGUCCUUCUCACGCCAGCCAGAUAAAUGGCACCAGCAGCCCCCCUGGUACCGGCUUCAAUGGUUUAAAUGGUUUGAACGGCCUCAAUGGCCUCGGCGGAGACAUGCCGUUCAUGGAGGGUUUUGACUUUGAUAAGGCCCUGCUCAAAUUCGCCGCCGAACGGGAAAACUUCCUCGAGGACUUGUCCUUCACUGCCGGUGCCAAAACACAGGCGAAACCAAUGGUUAAUCCGAGAGCCGAGCGCAUCAAAGCCGAUGACGGUGAUAUGAGCGGUCGGAGGAGCCCCCUCCGCAGCAUCGAGAGGAGCAUCAAGGGAAGCAUCCGCCGAAAGAUGAGUUUUAGGGACAUGAACAGCAUGCGCAAGCAACCCACCACUCCAAGAGCAAGCACUCCAGGAGCCGGUACGAUCCCCCGCCAAGCUUCAAUUAGGACGUCUAAACGCUUGAGCAACUAUAACUCCGUCAUCCCUCCCCCGGAGCCUUUGAACACAGACCCGGACAUGCAUCCCCUCAGAAGGCGAUUUGAGCCCGUGUUGCUGGACAGGUACCCUGCCAAGGACGCAACCGACGAGGUCAGCCGCCGUGGAAAGUUUCCGGAUUACGUUCCCAUGUUUGCUUUUCCCAAUGACAUUCAGAUUGUUUCUUCCGAUGACAGGCCCCGCUCGACCUGGCAUGGUUUCACCAUGACAUCGGACGACAACUCCAAGAUUUAUGGCAUUACCAUCAUUAUUUGGACUGCCAUAACCUCCGAGGUUGCAGAUGAGGUAGAGCAGCGCUGCGAACAAUGGCGACAAAGCCACAUGUCUAACGAGGAGCGGGAGCUGGCAGCUAGCCUUGGCGUGCGACUAGCUGCUGAGCGUGCCCAUCUCUCUCAGCUGCUCGCGAAGUUGCCAACCGUCCCCUCGGGAUCAUUGGCGCGUGACAAUCUGGAUGAUCAGAUCAGCGCUGUGGAGGAGAAGAUCAGUCUCAUGACAGAAAUGUUGAGGCCGGUUCGGCACGGCGCCGCAUCUAAGAUUGACGGCCUGACUGCUGGCGAGAGUGGCUUGUGGGCGCCUAGAGCCUACGGCAUCUUGGGUAGAGAUGUUACGAGAAUGUCUUUCUGGAAGGAAUGGCUGAGAGCGGUCGUGGUUCCCAUGACCGACGGAGCUAUCCUGCGAGUGCCACCCAGCUCGCCCAAGGUUGGCCGUUGGCAACCCCUGGAGCGCUAUGUUGUCAACCUCUGCACGGAGGCAUUCAGUCCUCUGGGCUCCAAGACCCAAGUUGAACUCGGCGUGCGAGAGCUGCGAUUGUACUGUCGGCAAGAAGCUAUCAACGAGAUCCCUGGGGCAAGAACCAUUGACAUUUAUGCCCUUUUCCGGUGCCUCUCUAUGGAAAACAUCGUCGCCCUCUUCGAAUACGCCAUGUCCGAGUCUCGCAUCAUCUUCAUCUCUUCACAUACCGGUAUGCUUCAUCUGGCAUGUCAUGCGCUGGCCAACUUGUUGUACCCCCUUAAGUGGGCGAGUAUCUUCAUUCCGGUGCUUCCAGCGCGUCUGAUCUCUGCCCUAGAGGCUCCGUGCCCCUACAUUGUUGGUAUUGAGCGACGUUACGAGAAGAUCGAACUGCCUGAUGAUGACUACGUUUUGGUCGACUUGGACAUGGACACGAUAGACGCAACCGCACAGCCUGUCCGACUGCCACGACAGCACCGACGCAAGCUCCUUUCGCUGCUCCAUGUGGCUGCCCCCCACCACAUUCGGUAUGGCGUAACCACCGGCCCGCCGCCGUACGCGAUGGAGUCGUACCCGUAUGACGCCUUCUCGGUUGAAAACGACACCCUUUUUAACUCCAACAUCAGCUCCAGCUCUCUGGGUAAAUGGGUUACCCAGAACUCUUCGUCUUUUGGAGAGCCUGAUCCCGCCGCCGCUGUCCGCCCUCCCAUCUUCAAUGCCUUCUUGCAUUCGAAGGUAGACCAUGGGCGGUCAGACCGGCCGGGGACCAGCAAAUCAGGAAAGACCAGUCCUCAGUCUUCUGUUUCCCCGGUCUCCAUGAACUUCCCGCCGAUGCCAACCACGCCAGUAUCUCGAAGCGACUCUGGCUUCGCCCAGACUCUCCGGGAGAAGAAGUCUGGCCAUUUCGACGAGAAGUCCCGCCGAAGCUCGUCCUUCGGCAUGGACAAGCAUCCUCCCCUGCACCGGCCAAGCCUGCCAUUCCUCAACGGACACAAUGCGAGCAUGUCCGUCUCCGCCAUCUCAGUUGACUCGCAGUCUUCGUACGGUGGGUAUGCCCCCUCGACUUAUGCGCAGUCUACGAUCGCGGCGUCCACCAUCAUGCCCAACAUGUUGAUUCAGCCUGUCAAGAAUACGGAUACAACCGUCUGGGUUGAAGGCCACUGCUUCAACUGGGUUGCCAACGACACCUCCUCGACGUGUUCUGUUUGCGACGAAAAGUCCGAAGGCGAUGGCAUCUACAAAUGCUCUCAUUGUGGCGGCCAUGCUCACAACCGAUGCUUAGGACACGUCUCGAUUGUGUGCAGCGAAGCCUUCCACCCCGACCGAGUGCGGGCUGCUUUUGUGCGUUGUCUUGCCAGCUUGCUGUACACUUACAGAAAACACCUUGGGCGGCCCACUAGGGAGCAGAAAAACAAUGGCCAGCUGUACGCCUUUGACAUGGAUGGCUUCGUAAAGAGCCUUCCGUACGAUCAACAGGAGUACGCCACCAUGAUGCGAGACACCCAAGCGUUCAACGAGUUCAUUCACGAGCGUGAAACCCGCUCAGCGACCCACGCGUCCAUCCGUCUUUUCGACGAGAUUAUUAUGGCUAAGAAGGCCCGAGGUCGACCUGGAUUGACAUCGGGACUGUCUCGUCUAUCCACUAUUCGCAUGUCGCAUGGUGCAUCGAGCAAUGCGUCAGGCUUUGCUGCGCCGUCGAAGCUCAAGAUCCCCAGUUACCUGGGCGAUACCUCCGACCAUAUGUGGCGGAAUGCUUCGGUGCCUGUGCCUAACGCCAAGUUCCCUGGCGAGUACCGAACCGUCGUCACCCGGAUUCCCACCAAGUUAGACCCUGCGCUAAUGAGAGAGCCCCGAGCAAUCCAAGGUGUCCCUCGACCCGAACAACGGACCCGUGGCCUCAUGCGCAAACAAGUACCUAGCAUGGUGGGCAGCCCGCCAAAGUAA